CAUCUGUAAAACAAAUUAUUAGAAAACAUUUUUAAUAAAAAAGUGAAAGAACCUGUAGGUUCGACUGCAACCGGCCUCAAAUCACAAUGAGCAGACUUCUUAGGUUUAGCUCUGGUACUUAGGUUUAAGGUAACACUCGCAAAGGGCCUCUUCGCCAUAUGCAGCAUCUCAACGACGUGUCUCCGUCGAGCCCUCCUGACAUCCGCCGCUUGUUUCGCCUUCCACGCCACGACGCAAGCCGCCAGGAACAAAAAGAAACACGAAAAGAACACAGAGAAGAACACAAACAGAUCAAUAUGCAACUGAUCUUGGCGCGAGAACACUAUCCCGUAUGCGACCUUUUUCUCGGAAUCGCCCGGAUCGAGUGCUUGUAACACUAGAAAGAAUCGCGUCGAUUCCAAACUAUGGUAUUCUUCAGGAAGAGUUAUCACUAAUCUGUCUCUGAGAUUUUUAACGGCAAGGAUUGUGUUUGGCUGAGUGAUUGUGAUGUAUGUGUGCAAUCCCACCGCUUCGUGUUCGAGAAAAGCGUCUCGAAUUUUUUGAGAACCGUUUUCCCAAUGAYUAUACUGAGCGUCGAGGUCUAUGGUGUUGAGACCGGUUGUGGCGUUGGGAUAGGCUACGUAUGUGUCGUCAUGGGUGCUCAUAUAUACAUUCAAGUUGCCUUGAGUUACGUCAAUUAUUAUUCGGAUAUCSACGUUCAUGAAACGGGGCUGUAUUACGAAAAACACCAUCUCUCCCGGAUGCAAGGGCUUCGGUUUUAUCUUACACUCAUCUGGAAAAAACAUAUAAACAACUCAAAAUAUUGUGAGAAAUAAAAUCUUACCGAUAGGCUUAGCAUCGAAACACAUCUUUGACUCGACCGCCAUUUGUUUGUAGCACUGGUGUCCCGAAGUGGGGGUCCCCAAAUAUCCUUCUUUGCAUUUGGAACAUUGGACCAUCCAACACGGAUGAGCUGAAUUUUUUCCGGACCCACCACAUGUAUCACUUUCCGUAUUAUUUUUACAAUUACAUUUAUCACCAGUGACGGGAUCACAAGUGUCUCCAUGACCGUGGCAAUCACACGGUCUACAAGGAUCCCGAUGAUCCUCGGUCCCUCUGAAAUUACCUGAACCCCAAUUUUCCUAAACCCGAAUCUAAUUCAUCAACCACUUACCGACUAUACAAUCUUCACACCGCGGGCCUGCCGUUUGAUUGGCACACUUAAGACAUCGCGCAUGUGCUUUUGGCCCCUCUUUAAUAUUCUUCAAGAACCGUUCCGAUUCAUAAUCGAUGAAGUCGAUAAAAUCGACAUCUGUACUAUUAUCCACACAAAUGGGAGUGUGGCCGUGACAAUAUUCCAAACAUGGGACACACUGUCCCCCAUCUGAGGGGUCUCCCACAAACAACGGUUUGCAUUUCUCACAUUGCGCCCCCUAAAAAACCUCACUCAGUGAAACGAUUUUCGAGGGGUGAGUCGACUCACCAUUGUGUUAUUAUAGCAAGUUAAGCACUUAUCCAAUUUGUCGGGACCUUCACAGUUAGCGUGGCCAUUGCACUGACACUGGAUGCUGCAGUUAGCGCCAAUAUAGCCAAAAUCGCAUUGACAUUUGUUAGGUUGGACACACUGACCACGAACGCAGCCUAGCAAAAGCAAAGCAACAUCAAGCUAAGUAUCACGGGAGAUCACAAGGACGUACCCAAGGGACACACCGGCUCGCAAACCGUCGACCCCGUCGAUAGUUUCGUUGAACUUGCAGCCUUGUAACCGGGACCACAUUCACAUUCAAACCCUUGGGGCUUAUCUACGCAACGUUGAGACUCAGCCUCGCAAUUGUGGUGGCCGUUGGUGCACUCGUCUUCUUCGGGACAUCUCACGUAAUUCCAACUGUAGGUCACAUUUUGCAAAUCCUCCUAAAAUUCAAUUAAAACUCAACCAUAUGUUUUUAAUUAUUUAUCAAAUUACAUUCGGCUUUUCUUUCAUAAAUAUAUCCUUGCAUGUUCCAUGCAUGGGUCUUUCGUUCGAUCCUUCGGUGCAAACCCCAUCCCCAUUACCCGGACCUGCACACCAUCCGCAAUGCGCAUGUCUCAAACAGUGCGAACACUGACUAAACGAGCUACAAGGUGCAGGGCAGUACUGCUUAUCAUCGGCCUGUAAAACUAAACCACAAACACCACCAGCGCAAUAUGCCGGUUGAUAAAGCGCCGAAAUACAUUCGUCUAGUUGGGUAGACCACCGGCAAUGGACGGUUUCUAAACAAGAUGCACACGUAUUGUAGUGCAUACAUGACUGUGGGCAAGGUUUCGGAUUCGGUUCUUGACCUUUCAACACUUCAAAAAAAAAUUAAUCAUAAGCCGAAAAGUACAAAGUGUAGCCUUACAUGGAACACACUCUCCUUUAGAACAAUUCCAAUCACAUCCCGGCGUUUGUCGGCAAUUUUCGUAAUCUUUCGUCGAACAAUUGUUAGGGAAACAUUCUGUCAGUGUCGCCACCGGACAUGUCGAGUUUGACGUGCAAGUAUUUUCGCAGAAACGGCAACCGAUUUUGACACAAGAAGAACAAUCGGUCACGGAGGAACAAUUCCGGGAUACAACCGGUUCGUUACAAACCGUUCCAGGAUUAGAUAUUUUUGAAGCUGGAAAAACUCCGAGAUAAAUCUAUAGCUAUACAAAUUUUGACUUGACCAACCAUUGGCUGGGGAGUCCUGCAAGGGGCAUUCCUUUGCAUUACUGUGACACACUUCCGACAUAACUUCAUCGCCGACUUUAUAAGCGCAAUAUCCACAACCGGCCAUCCGGAAACAACUGUCACGAGUCGGCCAUAACGAACAAAGAUCUUCCGGGAGUUCUAAUCGAAGAACAGAACAUUGAGAAUCACUUCCCCAGCCUCCUACUAUAUAGGCAGCGUCUCCAUCGGGUUCAAUCGUCAUAGCUUGCGCGUAUGUCUGUAUCGGUAAAGGCCCGACUUUUUCCAAUGCUACCAACAAUGAACGUCAGCUGUGUGACUUGCUUUGGUUUUAUUUUACCUUCUGACAUCAAAUUAAUCCACCGAUUGCAGUUAUACGAAUAAGCGUAAAGCGUGUCGCUUAUAUUCCACGGAAAUAUCCGUCCUCCCAUCACAAACAUGAAAUUAUCGGUCGUGACAGCCGAAUGGAAGAACCUGGGGCGUGGCUAAAUAUUUCAAUUAACAAUUAAAACUUUCUCUUGACCAACUUACCAGAUAUAAAGAAGCGCCAAGUUCGUUUAACUCGGUCCAAGUUUUCGUAUCAUAGUUGAGCAUAUACAACCUAUUCGACAGUCUUGAUGCUUGUGACUCGUAAAUGUAUCCCCCAAAAAGGUAAAGACUAUUAGUUUGAGCGUGAAACACUGUACUGUGACCGAAAAUUCCGGCCGGUCCUUGUCCCCUCGUCUUCCACGCUUGCCACUGUUCUUUAUCCAGUCUGAACUCCCAUACGACGCUAUGGAAGUCACUCUGAGGUGAAAUUCCACCAAUCAGAAUCAAACUCUCCGAUGUGGAGUUCCUAUACGAUGUCAAAGUAUGACUCGAGAGUGGCGGUGGCCAGUCAUUAUUUUUCUCAAUUUCGCCCCAUCGCUGAUUCUGGAUAUCAAACUGCCAGAAGUCGUCCAAAGUUCGGUUAUUUGAUGACUUCACCGGUUUGGUUAAACCGCCAUAAACGUAAAUCGCUUGUUUCGAAUAGAUUAUAUCCGCGCCGUGAAAAUAACGACCUUGUGGCAUUUUAGCGUCAGGUGUCGUCGAAUCGACUGUAACUUGCAUCCAUGUACUGUUCCGAGUAUCGAACAAACGGAUAUCGUUCAGGGGGCCGUGAGAGAGGGAGUAGCCCCCAAACAUCCACAGAGAACCCCUCCGAUCUGAUACUAACGAGUGUCCAAAACGAGGAAGGGUUUUGCGGAGGUGUUCCAAAUUGUCGGCUAAGCGAAUUGUGUUGAAGAGUUCAGUGAAGAGGAUUUGAGUCCCAUUUGCCCUAAAAAUGUACCCCGAUUAUUGAUUGGGUGGUGUUUGAUCAAUUGGGUUAACUUAGCAACUGUUGGUAAAACAAAUCUCGAAUAAAAUUAAAUGUUAUAUUUGACAGUUGAAAGGUGAAAAUGGUCCUUUUGAAGGAAGCGAAGAAUUUAAUAGAACCGGAAGAAAGUCACCGAAGGGUGGAACACGAAUCGCUGAUUGAUAAAUAUAAAAUUCCGGUUCAACAUUUCGAAUAUUCGUACAUUGAAACUUGUAAAGAUGRUCGCGAGUUGGAAAGGAUAGUUCAAGUGUUGAGGUCAGGGCAAGAGGGACAUUUUCCGGACUUGACACGUUUUGCGGAAAAUAGACUCGCUGUAGUAAAGCCAAAAAGUAAGUUAUUAAGGAAAGCAGUCCCGGUUUUGUCAAAGGAGAGUCUGGAAAAAGACGAAAGAAACGAAAUAACAAGAGAUUUGACUCAAUGGGUUACCAAUGUUAGUAAAGAAGAUGACGAACUAAAUUUUUUCAAGAACAGAAAAUCUGGAUCGACUCUACUACCAGUACGAGAAUCAGUAGAAAAAGUAGUUGAGGAAGAGGUAAAAUCAGUGAAACGCAUCUCCUCAACUGAUUAUUCUUCUUGGGAUAAAUAUGAUCCCGAUACAGAAAUCCUCAAAAUGGAUUUGGAAGAGGAAAAUCUAAAAAAAUUGGCWUUACAAAAAGAAAAGAAAAAGAAUACGGCCAAGAAGGUCCAAUUUAGGGAGUUUUCGACUGACGUUGAGACCUCGCAUGAAGCCAACUACGAGAAAAACAAAGGCAACGAAUUUUUCAAAGCCGGAGAUUACGCCGAAGCCCUCAAACACUAUACCGARAGCAUCAAUUGCAAGCCUACACUUGCAGCUUUCACCAAUCGAGSUUUGACCAAUCUCAAGUUAAAAAAGUACAAAAACGCGCUCGAUGACUGCCACUCCGCUCUAGUCAUCGAGCCGAAUAAUUUCAAAGCUUUUUUACGCAAAGCUCAAGCUUUGGACGGGUUAGGGCAUCAUGCUGAAGCUUUGGAAACCAUCGAACAAGCGAUUGAGAUUAAUCCGAAUAAUGAAUURGCACAGGAGUUGGCAGAUAAGUUUCGUAAACUGAGUGGGAGUGUUGUGAGGAAGACGACACGCUUUGUUGUGGAAGAGGUUGAGAACAGUGAUAAUGAGGUGAUUAUACCGAUUCCGGGGACGAGCAAUAUGGCGCCGCCGUAUUAUGUUACUUGUAAGGGUGACCCGGAAAAGGUCAUGGAGGAGAUUGGGAAGGCGAAUAGGGUUGUGCAUUUGGUUUCCGUUGAUUGUGCAGAGGACGAUGAUGACAAUUGUACGGUGAAUCAUUUGAGGAGGAUAUGUAGUAGUCAAAAUUUGAGUAAAAUGUCUUGUGAAACAGAGGAUGACAUAGAAACUGCUCAAAGUGGAGUUACGAGUCGCAAAAGUACAAAAUUUAAUCGUGUCAAUGCCAAAGAUUUAACUGAAGCCAACCAAUUAUCAGGAAAAAUAGAAAGCACAAAUGACUGUAGUUUUAAUCUGAAAAAUAGUUGUAACAAAAGUAAAAUUUUCCCUAUUAAUGAAACGACUCAUAGAAAUGAAGUAAAUUUAAAAAAUAGUUUAGGAGAGAAAUCGAAAGAAGAAUUAAACAGGAGGACGAUGCGUCAAAUGGUCGUAGAAGAUCAGUGUGCGGGUGGAGAGCCAUAUACGAAAAAAGAUGAGUCUAUUGAUCUGCCACAAGAUAUAAAUUCUCCGUACAGUUUUUUGAAAACUUGGAAUUCGGCAAAUUGUGAUCCAACUCUCCAACAACAUGCAACGAUAUUGAGGAGUGUGGACAUAAAUCGGAUUACAGAUGGUUUGUAUUAA